CCACCAUCGACUUUGCGUCUUGUUUUCUUUUUCGCGUCUUGGACAUAUCUACACGUACGAAUAUCAUCAAAGCAUUGGGUCAUCUGGGCAUACCAACAGCGCUGAAGGAUGGUGUGGGUGAUCAUUAGCGCGAUCUGGCGGUUGAUCGUGUACGUGACCGCGUUCUGGCAUCAGAAACUCGAAAAAUGGUGGCAAAGCCGCUCUCCCGUGGAGGUCUGGCUCAACGCCUUGAACAAGGCCACCGACUUCGAGCAAUGGGAGGAGGCAGCACUGAACCUUGACAACCUCCUCGGCCUGGACAUGUGGCGCAACAACCCCACAAGCAGGCACUACGACUACAGGCUGAUUAACGAGCGGCUCCGAAGCAUUGAGAGGGCACGAGCUUCCAGCGAUGUGUACACCCUCGUCAAUUGGCUUCGGUCCGGGCUCGUCAGGAACCUGGGGAAUAUCACGGCUCCGCAUCUGUACAAUGUCAGCUUCGCCGGGACCAAGUUUCUCAUUGAGGAGUAUGUUACCCAGGUUGCCGAGGCCAUUGAGGCUAUCGCGAGCCUGUCUUCGCCGCCGCGAGGUGGCACCUCUACACCGGGCGGGCCGGCAAGGGACGAGGAUGAGAUCACGGCUAUUGCGAAUAUGGCUGGAGGAUGGAGCGUCGGCUCGAGGAAUUCCGAGAUGCCGAGCCCGGCGCUCAACGCCAACAUGACGACGCAGACAAAGCUUGACUUUGUUCACGACACGAGGCAGGCAUUCGGUCGGAGCGCUCUUGUGCUCCAGGGCGGUGCUAUAUUCGGUCUGUGCCACCUGGGUGUUGCCAAGGCAUUGUUCCUGAGAGGACUGCUCCCUCGUAUCAUCGUGGGAACGGCAACAGGAGCUCUGAUGGCAGCUUUGGUGGCGACUCACUCCGAGGAGGAUCUGCCUAAGAUGCUGACGGGAGACGGUAUUGAUCUUUCCGCAUUCACCCAGCCGGGCAAGGAUCCCGCUCAGCAUAAUCAGCGGGUCAAUGUAUCAAUGUGGAACCGAUGGGAGACCUUGAUGCGUCGAAUACAGAGGUUCAGGAAAGAGGGGUACUUCCUUGACGUCAAAGUCCUGGAAGAUUGCAUCAGGGCUAACAUCGGGGACAUGACUUUUGAGGAGGCCUACCGACGCAGCAAACGGGUCCUCAAUAUCACAGUCGUGACAGCCCACCAGGCCGGCAUCCCAACUGUCCUGAACUACAUCACCACUCCCAAUGUGCUGGUAUGGACAGCCGCAGUCGCGUCCAAUGCCUCAACAUCCACAUUUUACGGGCACAGGCAGACCAAAAUCAUGUGCAAAGACUCGAAUGGGAACGUUGUUCCCUGGAAGGCCGCAGCCGCAGUCGACUUCAAGCACUGGACCCACGUGUCGUACAAGGACCAAGAGUCCCCGCUACUUCGUGUUGCAGAGCUCUUCAAUGUGAACCACUUCAUUGUUAGCCAGGCGCGGCCUUACUUGAUUCCUUUCCUCCAGAGCGAUAUGCACGGCCCCAUAAUGCAGACACAGAGCAGAUUUAGCCAGGCUGCGACCUUCGCUGCGCGAAUGGCUGGAUUGGAGGUCCGGCACCGGUUGCGUCAACUUGAUACGCUGGGGCUUCUGCCACUGAGCAUCCGUCGCUUCCUCGUCGACGAGCGUGUUCCCAGCGCUAGCCUGACACUGGUUCCCAACGUCUCGGUGAAUGACUUCCCACGCUUGAUGGAGACGCCGACCAAGGAAACGGUCGACUACUGGAUUUUGAAGGGUGAAAAGAGCGUGUGGCCGGCCGUGUCAGCACUCAAGGUCCGCUGUGGCAUUGAGAUGGAGCUUGAUCGAGCGUAUCAGGAGGUCAGACGGCUAAAAGCCGGCGGACUCCGACGCAAGGCGAGCGAUAUCGCGCUGUGGGGUGCCUCGGUACAGAGCAGUCUCAAGGGUAAGGAGAAAGAGAAGGACCCUGAGCCGCCUCGGGAGAGGCAAAUGGAACGGAUGCCGAAAGGAGAGCGUGCCCAGAGCAUAGGCGCUGUGUGAUUGUUCGCCCGCCUUGAGUGCGUCUGCUGCUAGCCUCUCCUGCCUCUUGCUUGCAUCCAAUUAAUACUGGGUCGGUUCCCUUCAUGGGAAAACAUAUCUUAGUGUGGAACUACGCAUCAUUAUCCAACGAUCCUGGUCCAGCCGGGUCCGGGUGCACAAGUAUGCGAAAAGAAAUCCUUCGGGGUCCUUCUGGAAGCCUGCCAUUUGGGGACCUAUCCAAUAGUUAGACAGCUUAAUAGACUUACAUUAGCUGUCUUCCCUGCUUGAUCUGCAGGAAGCAAACGGGAUAGGCGAGUGUGACGAUGGGUGCGGGACAAGGCAGAUCCGGCAUUUU